AUGGUCACCACUAGGAUCAAAGAUGUUGCUAUUCAUGUAGAUUCGUUGGGCUAUCUUUACGAACCUGUGUGCUUGACAGAGGAACAGAGUUGGGAAUUAUUCAGUAAAAAAUCAUUUAUUUCCCCUUCCAAGAAUAUUGUUGCUUCAACUACUCCUUAUUCUUCAUUCCCUCAAGAUGUAGAUGUAGAGAAGAUGGAGAAGUUGGGAAGGGAGAUGAUGAAAAAAUGUAGAGGUUUGCCACUAGCAAUUGUCGUACUUGGAGGCAUGCUGGCAGCAAAGAAAUCAAUUCAUGAAUGGGAGAUGGUGCGUAGAGACAUUGGCAGGUACCUGAACAAAGCGGAAAAGUUGCAAGAACAAGAAGCAACAGGUGGUGGUGUUUCAUGGAUAUUGUCUCUAAGCUACCAUAAUUUACCUUCUUACUUGAAGCCAUGCUUUCUGUACCUCGGCAUCUACCCAGAGGAUACCAAAGUCCAUAAAAGGGACUUAAUCCAAAAAUGGAUCGCAGAAGGUUUUGUGCAAGGAACAACGUUAACAAAGGAGGAGAUAGGAGAAGAAUACUUUGUUGAGUUGAUUAACAGGUCAAUGGUCCAAGUGGCGGGUGAAAGGAGCUUUCGUGGAAAAGUCAAAGCAUGCCGGUUGCAUGACUUAAUGCGAGAUGUAUGCUUGUUGAUGGCAAAAGAAGAGAAUUUCCUUUGUACGUUUGAUCAUUCUUCCACUUCCACUUGUUUGGUGGAAUCAUCAUCAAUUUCUAAUUACCAUCGAAUAAUGCGGAGACAUGCCAUCCACUUCAGUUGUGACAGCUACAGGUAUGUUUCUAUGCAACAACCCACAAGAAGUAGAAGAAGUCCACAUCUCCGUGCCUUCUCCUUAUGGAUGACAUCAAAUCCAGAUGAAUCCAUUGGGACAUUAAAGUUUGUUUGCAAGAAAUUCAAUUUUCUUAGGGUCCUAGAGCUUGAGGAUGUCAAGAUUGAUAGCUUGCCAAGAGACAUAGGGGAGCUGAUUCACUUGAGAUAUUUGAAGUUGUCCCCUGAGUACCAUGGUACGGAGGUUCCAGUGACUAUAGGUAAUUUACGGAGCCUACAAUUCCUUAUACUCAUAGGCAUUGAUACAUUACCGAACGUGCUAUGGAAGAUGGAACAAUUGACUUACUGCAAUUGUGACAUCAACUAUGGUACGCACAAUAACAAACCUUUGCGAGUGGAUGGACUGAAGAAUCUCUCGACUAUGAUUCUUUCUGGGGGGACUGCUAUGUUGGAUGGUUUGGCAAAUUUGACAAAUCUUCGAUCAUUGAGUCUUUUUCGUCAUGGAAAUUUUGACUGGACAACACUUUCUCAUUGCCGUAGCCUAUGGAAACUGUGUCUGUAUGGGCAAAUAGCGAAACUACCAAAGUCAGAUGAAUUCCCACCUAAUCUAACAAAGCUAAUGUUGAAUGGUAUAGACUUAAAAGAAGAUCCAAUUCCAACGUUAGAAAUGUUACCGAACUUGGAAUGUCUCCUGAUAUGUUUAGGUGGCAGAAUCAUUAAAUAUUAUUUCUCCACAAAGGGGUUUGGAAGACUUCAAUACCUACAACUUCAUUAUAUAGAUGGUUUGGAGGAAUUGGAAGUGGAGAAGGGAGCACUGCCAUGUCUAGUCAGACUACGAAUCCAUAGAUGCUUCUGCUUAAGAAAGCUUCCUGAAGAAAUAAGAUUCAUCACUAGCCUCAAGAAAUUGGAGGUAAUAGGGAUGCCAAAUAGGUUUGAAGAAAGGCUUCAAAAAGAUGUAGGGGAUGAUUGGCACAAAAUCCAACACAUACCCUCCAUCAUAAUACGACGGAUCCAUCUUGAUAAUCAUCGACAAUUGCGAUUUGAAGGUAGCAGCACUUGUCCAUAUAUUGAGGGAAAAUAGAAUGUUGAAUCGAUGAUGGCAUGGAUUUGUACUUGAGAAUAGACAACUGAGAUCUCUUUAAGUCUUGGAUUCAUAUAAUUAAUGAUGUUUCCUACUUUUAUAUUA